UGCAGCCAGCCCUCGUCUGCUCAUCAUCUGCUAUCCAAAACCACGACAUGCGAUCUGUAAAACACUUAGUUACUGCAGCUCUGAUUCUCUUUCUCUUCCUACAGUCUUCUGAUGGACUUCGGGAUAAUUUUAUGUCGUGCUGCACUCAGCUGGCCAAACGUAUCCCAAAAAACAUGCUACCGCAAGUGACCAAGGUCCAUUUCCAAAAGAAGGAUGGUAUCUGCAAUCUACAAGCCAUCGUGCUCCAUGUCCGCAACCAGAAGAAAUGUAUGGAUCCUAACAUCAAGUCUCUGAGAAAGUGGAUCAAAAAUCACCUUGCCGCAAGUGGCGUGAGAGUCUAAUUUGUUGCAGAGAAGAUGCUGGUUUCCUAAACACAUUGGAUAGUUGGGGUAUUUCUGUCCUGGUUUAAGAAGUCUGCUUCUCUUCACUGUGCAAAUCUCCCUUCUGCCCUGUAUGUUAGGGACCAUCUUCCAACAUGAUUGUUUUAAUCUUUCCAACCUGAUUAGCCAAAAGAACAUCGAAUCCAAUCAACAAACGUCUUUACAGCUAAUCAGAAAUAAUUGGAGGUAGGACUCCCUGCUCUAAUGCCAGAGCUGUACCCCAGGAUUAUAGGACGCAGCCCAAGCACAGAGAAACCCCAUAAUAAAAGCAGAAGGACUAUGAUAAUUAGUGCAUGGUGUAAUCCACACCAUAUUCCUGGGUCGCUCCUAAUGUUAGACAUGUGAGGGUAUAUUUUUCGAUCUCAAAACAGAGGGAAAGAAAUGGAACACAUAUAGAGAGUGUUUAUGGAUGAAAAUGCAGUGAAUUAAUUUAUUCUUUUUUUAACACUGACCAAAAGCAAACUAAAUAUUUUUCCCUGCUGUUGGAGUGCUUUGUAAUGCAUUGCGCUCCAUAUUUUUUGUAUCCAUUAUGACCCAUUAUUUUUCAUGAUAUUAAUAAUGUUGCUUUUUGCAAUUAAAUUGUAACUACUGAAUUCAAAUUGUGUAAGAGCUAUUUGCUUAUUUUAUAAUAGAUUAUUUGUACCCGCACAGUUCUACUUUCACAGUAUGUGCAGUUUUUUUUGUAGGUGACGUCAUUACUGUGGCGCCCACGCUUAUUUUUAUCUAGAGCUUAGAUACAGUUUAGUGAAGUCUUACCCAUGUUUUUAAUAGUGCAGCAAAGGUCUGCUAUUUUGUUUAAGAAAUAUACAAUAAAAGUUCUAAUAUUUUGUA